AUGUACCCAAGUCCAGAUCUCUCCAAGCUGCGUAUGAAUCCGGGUCGGAAUCUGACCCUGCAUCCGGGUCUGAUACCGAGUCUGAAGCUGAGUCAGGAUUCGAGUCUCAAGUCGAGCCUGGGAUCGAACCUAAAGGCAGUAGUAAUAAACCAGAAUGGAAGAUAUCUACAUCCUUGUAUAAUCUCCAACGUGAAGCAGAGAAGCUAUACGGAAUUCCCUUCCUGCCCGGACCAGUUCUGGGUUGGUGCUAUAACAGAAGUCAAGAAUAUUCCUCAUCAUCGGUCACCAAUACCACGUGCUCGCGAGGGUUUUCGGCAUAUAAUGGACAGCUUGACCGAAUUUCAAGUUGACGUUUUACUGUAUCAACUAGCCAUUGCGCAGGAUGGCCAAUACCGAGAAGCCAUGACUGGAACAAAGCCACAGUAUCCGAUUGUUACCCUGACAGACUUGGAUUUCAGAUACCAAUCUACAGCGAUAUCUCAAGAUACCCCUGCUCAAAGCGAGACAGCAUCCAGCGGAGGGCAGCCGGAGCCAUCAAGAGUCAACUCUGUCGCAAAGAGGCUCGUCAGCUUUUAUACAGAUAGAGCCUCAGGGAAAUCCGGUGCUUGUGGCCACCGAAAGCUUGCUGUAAGUGGUCUAGGAAAACUGUCCACUCCCAAAGGAGGCCACCAAAGCGGAAGUAUCCCUCUAAGACCUUAUGAGAAGCAACAUUAA